GUAAGAGGCACAUUGGCAGGUAACGAGCGGCGGCGGCGGCGGCAGAAGCAGCGGCAGGUCCUGAGUCCAGCGAGAGCACCAGCGAUUUUCUAUUUUGUACAUACAUUAUUUUGUAUAUACUGUAUAUGAUGACUUCAGUGAGCAGUGACCGUUGCCGAGGUGCUCGGGAAAAACAUUUUUCAGUGACACAGCCAAUACAACCACAGAAACAAGUGGUACAGGCAACAGCAGAACAGAUGCGUCUCGCUCAAGUGAUCUUUGAAAAAAAUGAUUCAGAUUUUGAAACUAAAGUUAAACAGCUUAUGGAAGUGACGGGGAAAAAUCAGGACGAAUGCAUAGUGGCCCUACAUGACUGUAAUGGAGAUGUGAAUAAAGCCAUCAAUAUAUUGCUGGAAGGGAAUUCAGACACAACUUCAUGGGAGACAGUAGGAGGAAAGAAGAGGAAUUUUGGAAAAGAAAAUUCAGAAAACAAAGAGAAUAGAGAGAAGAAGAGUGAGAGAGAAGCAAGUCGUGCCAGUGGAAAUAGCAACCGCAAAGGAAGAGGUGGUAAUCGUGGCAGAGAGUUUAGAGGUGAAGAAAAUGGAAUUGAUAGCAAUCAAGGAGAUAAACCUUCAGACCGUGGCAAGCGAGUCCGAGGUAGAGGAUUUGGACGUGGCAGAGGGAGAGGGGCAGGAAGGUUUUCAACCCAUGGCAUGGGUACAUUUAAUCCUGCAGACUAUUCAGAUACUCCAUCUACAGAUGGGUAUGGGACAAAACUAGUAGUUUGGGAACCUGUGCAGAAUGGUGCAGAUGAGGGAACUGGGGCCUGGAAAAAUUCUGUAGAAGAGUGGACAGCAGAAGACUGGACUGAAGAUCUUUCUGAAACAAAGGUCUUCACUGCAUCAUCUGUUCCAGCAGAGAAUCACAUCACACCUGGGCAAAGCAUUGAUCUUGUAGCCUUACUCCAGAAGUCUGUUCCUCCUAGUCAAGCCUCAGACGUCAGCUCCUUUGAAACUUCCCAGCAACAGGACUUUGGCCAAGCCCUGGUCUUCACAAAUUCUCAACACAGCAAUCAGACAGCACCAGGGACUGGCGCCUCCACAGCUGUCAGCUCCUAUUCUUCGCAGAGCCUGUCAUCUGUACUUGGAUCAGGAUUUGGAGAGCUUACAUCAUCAAAAAUGGCGAACAUCACCAGUUCCCAGGUUUUGGAGCAGUUGAAAGCUCCAAGUUUGAGCCAAUUUACUACCACUCCAAGUUCACAGAAGAAUAGUAUGAGUACCCCUACAAGUACUACUUCUUGGGACCUCAAGCCCUCCACAGCCCAGUCCUCCGUCCUCAGUCAUUUUGACUUCAAAUCUCAGCCUGAGCCAUCCCCUGUGCUUAGCCAGUUGAGCCAGCGACAGCAGCAUCAGACCCAGGCAGUCACUGUACCUCCUCCUGGUUUGGAGUCCUUUCCUUCCCAGGCAAGACAUCGAGAAUCAGCACCUGCAGACAGUAACUCCACUGUGAACAAACUUUUGCAGCUACCCAGCAUGACCAUUGACAACAUCACUGUUUCUGCCCACCCACCACAGCCCAAACACAUGAAGCUUUCUAAGCGGCGGAUACCUCCUGCAUCUAAGAUUCCAGUUUCUGCAGUGGAAAUGCCUGGUUCAGCAGAUGUCACAGGAUUAAACGUUCAGUUUGGGGCUCUGGAAUUUGGAUCAGAACCCUCGCUCUCUGAAUUUGGAUCCACUCCAAGCAGUGAAAAUAGUAAUCAGAUACCCAUCAGCUUAUAUUCAAAGGCGUUAAGUGAGCCUUUGAAUACCUCUUUACCAGUGACCAGUGCAGUACAGAACUCCACCUAUACAACUUCAGUUAUUACCUCUUCUAGUUUGACCAGCUCAUCCCUGAGCUCCACUAGUCCAGUAACAACGUCCUCCUCCUAUGACCAGAGUUCUGUGCAUAACAGGAUCACGUACCAAAGCGCUGUGAGUCCUUCUGAGUCAGCUCCAGGAACCAUCAUGAAUGGACAUGGUAGUGGUCGAAGUCAGCAGACACUAGACACUGCUUCAUCCGUUCCAGCUCCAAAGACAACAGACCCUCCCUCUACCCUCUCAUCUGUGGGUGCCCUGCCCAGCACCACUUCUUGCACUGCGCUUCUGCCCUCUGCAUCCCAGCAUACUGGGGACCUGUCCAGCAGCCCCCUCUCUCAGCUUAGCAGUUCACUCUCCAGCCAUCAGAGCAGCCUCUCUGCGCAUGGAGCACUCUCCUCGGGCACAUCACACACCCACGCCAGCGUGGAGAGUACCCCCUCCCUCCAGUCAUCGGCCAACUUCUCAACAGCAGCAACUUCCACCUCGAGUACUGUGUCCUCAGGUACCAGCCUGCCCAGUAGCAUGAACACAGUGAACAGCCUCUGCCUAGGGGGGACCACUGCAAGUGCACCCAGCAUCAGUACCAGGGCUGUACCCUUAGUGACCUCAGGCAAAGCACCCCCAAACUUGCCUCAGGGGGUACCUCCCCUGCUGCACAAUCAGUACCUUGUGGGCCCUGGAGGACUGCUUCCUGCCUACCCAAUCUAUGGCUAUGACGAGCUCCAGAUGCUACAGUCACGGCUGCCGAUGGAUUACUAUGGAAUUCCCUUUGCUGCACCCACAGCCCUUGCCAGCCGAGACGGGAGUCUAGCUAAUAAUCCCUAUUCAAGUGAUGUUACAAAAUUUGGCCGUGGUGACACUGCAUCUCCUGCACCCCCCACCACACUCGCUCAGCCACAGCAGAGCCAAUCCCAAACUCACCACACAGCCCAACAGCCCUUUCUGAAUCCUGCACUGCCACCUGGUUACAGCUAUACUGGGCUUCCCUACUACACAGGUGUGCCCAGUGCCUUCCAGUACGGGCCUACCAUGUUUGUCCCUCCAGCCUCAGCCAAGCAGCAUGCUGUGAACCUCAGUACCCCCACAAACCCUUUCCAGCAGGCUGGCGGUUAUGGCCAGCACAGCUAUAGCGCAGGUUAUGAUGACCUGACCCAGGGGACAGCAGCAGGAGACUACACCAAAGGUGGCUAUGGUGGAUCAUCACAGGCUUCAGCCAAGUCUGCCGGUUCUGGGCCUAGCAAAGGAGUAUCAGUGUCUUCAAGUACCACUGGCUUGCCUGAUAUGACUGGUUCUGUCUACAGCAAGACUCAGACUUUUGACAAGCAGGGAUUUCAUGCAGGGACCCCUCCACCUUUCAGCCUGCCCUCAGCCUUGGGUUCCACUGGGCCACUGGCCCCUGGAGCAGCCCCUGGCUAUGCACCCCCACCCUUUCUGCACAUCUUGCCAGCCCACCAGCAGCCCCACUCACAGCUGCUGCACCACCACCUUCCACAGGAUGCCCAGAGCGGCUCAGGUCAGCGAAACCAGCCCAGCUCCCUGCAGCCCAAGUCUCAAGCCUCCAAGCCUGCCUAUGGCAACUCUCCAUACUGGACAAACUAAACCCUGAAGAGAGUUGGGCUGGGGCAGGGCUCACCCUUGGCAGGAGAAAACACAUGGAGCACAUUUCUGGGAGCCCAGUGCCCUUUCCUAUAACUCCUGAGAUUCCCGAGACAUGUACUGUCAGCCAAGGCUCUGUGGGGAGCCUGCCUCUCAGACUGGCUGUUGUAUGUAAUGUAUUUAUAUGUGUAUUUGUAAAUGUGACAGAAGUGUGGGGGAGUGGGGGGUGCAGCCACAGAUUAGCCAGGUCUGCUUUCCCCAUUUAAGCCCCUUCUUGCUGUAGCAAAAUAAGCCCCCCACCCCCUUUUGCCUUCAGGCCUUUUACCUAGCCCCUGGCUGCCCAGUGGGCUAUUAAGAAUAGUUUCUGAAGGGCUAGUUCAAGGCAUUUUGGGUAUUGGGGUCAGGUACCAAUGAACAAUCACGACUUAACUCCUUUGUAAUCCAUUAUUUGAGUUUUCUUCCCCUGUGUAAUUACUUUAUACCUCUGUUUUAACAAAACUGGUCCAUUUGUCACUUUCCAUGGUCCCUUUUUGCCCAAUUUUGAUCUGGGAAUAGCAGAAAAAUCCCCCUACUCAAAAUAAAUCUGGGCACCUGUUUGUCUUCAUUUAGAGCAGGAGCUUCUGCUUCUGGUCUUGUCCCCAGAGACUUGUCUUCCUCUGAUUAACCUUGAGGGUAAUAGUCUGAACUGGGGCUCAGAGAUGUUCAGCCAGUUAGCUCCCUCCCCUUUAAAACCUGCAAGCAAAGAAAGGCUCCUCUACUCCAGUUGUCCUGUAUCUGGGAGGCAACAGUUUUAGGGGUUUUCUCUUGCCCCAACUCCACCUAAUAAAAAUGUGAGAGCAUG